UCUGCUAUGGCAUCACUGACAUCUUCCAGCCGCAGAUCCUCCUCAUCCUACCGUUCAUCGUCGCGUUACAGCACCUCCAGCUCCUAUCGGUCGGAGGGCUCACUGGGAGGAUCGUCUGACCCUCUGGAUCCCCUUUUUGAGCCCUUUCUUGACUCUGCUGAUCAUUCCAGUCUGUUUGGAGAAGAGGGCCCCGGGGGACCCAGCUGUUUAACUCCUUUCAGCAGGCACAGCAAAUCCUCCUAUGGACACACUGCUCCUGCAGGCGGUGCUGUGACAGGCCGACAGAGCAGUACAGGUGGUGGGGUGCGAUGUCUGGGAGACAGCUACUACAUGUCAGCUGAUGUCAGCCAGUUUGAGCUGCAUGACGUGGUCGUGAUGGCCUACAACCACCAUGUCGUCAUUCACGCCCAGAAGGUACUUGAUGAUGGAAGCAUCAGUGACACAUUUACUCAUAAGUCCUUGUUCCCAGAGGAUAUGGACCCCUUGUCAGUCAGUGGGACCCUUAACCCCGAUGGUAGCCUGGUGGUGAGUGUCCGCCGGACCACAGCGCUUUGUGGACUGGAGCCACUGGGUGUCCCCACCUACCGCAGUGAAGCUCACCUUUGACCUCUGGCUGCAUAGUGCUUCUCAUGGUAUC